UAAGAUUUACUAUACGGUACGUAAUCAAAAAAGUGUGUGAAAACGCGCAAUCUUAUCUGUUCGUUCUGAACCUUCGUGAACUGCGUGUAAGGCAUGAUAAUUAGUACUUGAGAAAUAACCUUAAUAAAAAAGAACGUUAAAAAAAAUCCCCCUUUUACGCAGAAUUACUGUACAACUACAGACAUUUUCAGGUAAAAUAAAAUGUUUGUUUAGCUGAUAAUAGUUCGUCGGGUAUUUUGUUUUUUUUCCCAGGCCCGAUAACAUGGUGAAAAUGGAAUUCAAGAGGUUCUUAUACUCAUAUGUUUAACGGACUAUACAGAGAAUAAGUAUGCAACGACGGACGAGCAGAGAGACACUCUAGUUGCUGCCCUUUUGUUGAACACAUUAAACACGUUUUUAAAAGGCGGAAAGUUUUUAAAAUUCGCGCCAACAGACAAGUGUCAAACAAAGAGACGGACCGAAGGAUUGAGUCAAUAACUUUCUGUCACACAUACUGAUAUAGUAAGAAGUGCCGAGAUUUCCAAGCAGUCCUUACCAAAUGUGAAGUGGUUUCGUCGUUAUUCAUCAGCCAAGAAUGACGUCAUUCUUAACCAAAAGAAUCACUAAAUUUAGAGUUCUCGCUGUGCUACUGAUUCUAUUAGGUGUCUUGGUGUUGGCCACUCAUAAAAAUGUUGGCAAAGUUAUUCGCCGGCAAAAUGAAACCAAAACAAUUUUAAUUUGGAACGGAUCUAGCCGAAAGGAAGUGCGCAAUUUCGGCUGGGGUAAGGACGCCUUUGUCAAUAAGAAAUGCCCUGAAACUAGAUGUGAAAUGGUCGACAACCGGAAAGAACAUCCUCUCCAUCAUUACGACGCCAUUGUCGUUGUACUUAAUGACGAAUUCAAAUCACCGGAUCAAAUGAUGAUGCCGGAUUUUGAAAACAACAAACGCGAUGCAAGUCAGCACCUCGUCCUCUUCACUCAAGAGUCUCCUCCGGCGUUGAAACCGUAUUACAACAUGACUCGAUUAGCUCAUUUUUUCAAUUGGACCAUGACUUACAGAAUGGACGCUGAUAUCCGAUUCCUCUACGGUCGAAUUAUUCCAAAAGAAAACGCUCCUCGCACACCGGAAGAGAUAAGUCAUUUAAGAGAAAGAGCUCGUGUUAGUUCACCGCCAGACGCAGUUCGCAACAAGACCAAAACAGUCGCCUGGAUGGUUUCUCAUUGUGAUACACACAGCCAACGAGAAAAGUACGUCAAAGAGCUGAGCAAAUACAUCGACGUCGAUAUUUACGGCAGAUGUGGUAAUCUGUCGUGUGCGCUUCACGUACUGCAUCACUCGGACCCGCAGUGUUACGACAUGAUCGAGUCAACCUACAAGUUCUACUUGUCAUUCGAAAAUGCCAUUUGCCCAGAUUACGUCACUGAAAAGUUUUUCAAAAUUAUGGGCCACCACAUCGUUCCGGUUGUCUACGGCGGAGCCGAUUACACCCAACACGAACCACCCCACUCGUACAUUGACGCCCGCAAGUUCAAACCCAAAGAAUUGGCCGCUUAUCUCAAAUUACUCGGUGCAAACGACACGCUGUACAACGAGUAUUUCUGGUGGAAGGAUUAUUAUGACGUGGAAUACAGUAUAGAGGACAUGUCUCGUCAUGGAUUUUGUGACUUGUGCCAGAAACUACACGAGCAACAAGACGGGGUUUCUCAAUUCUAUCAAGAACUGGAGUCUGAAUGGGGCGAAAGCAACAAGUGUCAACCGUUUGAUCCCAUUUGGAUAUCAUAAACUAGUAUGUUACGAAAAUAUUACUCGAAGUGCAGCCGAUGAAAAGGGAUGAUUUAGAAAGAAAAAAAGCGACGCACGAAUAACAAUUAACGCUCUUCUUUUUACUGUUUUUCUAGUUUAUUUUAUUGAUUUUCUUCUAUCACUGGCUAAAUAAAAAUAAAUUAUUUCUCAAAAUGGUAUAUCUAUCAUUAUAGAGUCUGAAAGAAAAAACAAUUAAAACCUGUCCUGCAUGAGAAGUGGCCUCCGCUUUUUGUAUUCAUAAGCGAAAGUUUGCGCGGAUUCCAAUACUUGAAAUUUGAUCAAGGUUACGACUUAAUCGCCAAAAGUCUCAAAAAACGAUUUUACGUCGACCAAAUGAACUGAAGAUGCUCGAGUUAAAAAAAAAAAAAACUAAAAGCGAAAUAAACGUAGCCUCCACCAGUAACUUAUGGACCAACUUGCAAAAUAAAACUUACUAGCAAAGAUAACGUACGCCAAAAUCUUGUAAAGAUGCGCAAACUAACGUUCUAAACUUUAUUUUCUCGAGUAAUUCUACAUUAUGUACCAAGGCAUGAAGGCAACUAAACGAAAACCUUGAUCAAAUCUCUUCCUCCCAGUUGUUAUCUAACUAAGAUAGACAUACAAGACAUACAGGAAAAAAAUUUCUAUUUAGCUGAUAGUAGUUCGCUCCCCCCCCCCCUAAGGCCUGAUUAUAAGUGAUAAGGUGGUUAAAAGUGUAUUCAAGUGAUUAUAACUUAUAUUUUCAUUUUUCAACAAACCACAGUGAAUUCGUCUAGUGUUGAAAGCUCAAGACCCACUAGUUGCUCCACUUUUGCUUUUAUUACACGUGACCAAUAUUUCCAAAGCGGUAUUAAAAGUUAAGUUUAAAAAUAGUGGUGGGAGCCAAACAGACGGUCAGACAGAUAGCUGGGUCAAUAGUGCUUUUUGUCACUCUCGCACAUAGUAUUUGAGUAAGUGCCAAAACUCCCAGGCUUACCAAAGUACAAUUGUUUUCAGAUUGUUUUCGUCGUUCUUAAUCGCCAGUCAAACAAAUGUCGUCAUUCUUAACCAAAAGAAUCACUAAAUUUAGAGUUCUCGCUGUGUUACUGGUUCUACUAAGUGUCUUGGUGUUGGCCACUCAUAAAAAUGUUGGCAAAGUUAUUCGACGGCAAAAUGAAACCAAAACAAUUUUAAUUUGGAACGGAUCUAGCCGAAAGGAAGUGCGCAAUUUCGGCUGGGGUAAGGACGCCUUUGCCAAAAAGAAAUGCUCGUACACUCAAUGUGAAAUGGUCGACAAGAGAUCGAAAUUUCCCCUCGAACAUUAUGACGCAAUCAUGCUUGUGCUUAAUGACGAAUAUACUUCAGCGGAACAAAUGAUGAUCCCGGAUUUUAAAAACGAUCGAGAUGCAAGUCAGCAUCUCGUCCUGUUCACUCAAGAGUCUCCCCCAGCCUUGAAACGCUAUUACAACAUGACUCGAUUAGCUCAGUUCUUCAAUUUGACCAUGACGUACAGAAUGGACUCUGAUAUUCGAUUACUAUACGGUCGAAUUAUUCCAAAAGAAAACGCUCCUCGGACACCGGAAGAGAUAAGCUAUUUACGAAAAAUAGCUCGUCCUAGACUGCCAUCAGACACAGUGAGUAACAAGACCAAAUCAGUUGCCUGGAUGGUUUCUCAUUGCAAAACGCACGGCCAAAGAGAAACGUACGUCAAAGAGCUGAGCAAAUACAUCGACGUCGAUAUUUAUGGUAGAUGUGGCAAUCUUACAUGUGCAAAACACUCAUUACAUCACUCGGACCCAAAGUGUUAUGACAUGAUCGAGUCGACCUACAAAUUCUACUUGUCUUUUGAAAAUGCAAUUUGUCCAGACUACGUCACUGAAAAGUUUUUCAAAAUUAUGGGCCACCACAUCGUUCCGGUCGUCUACGGAGGAGCAGACUACAGUCAACACGCACCGCCCCAUUCGUACAUCGACGCCCGCAAAUUCAAACCCAAAGAAUUGGCCGCUUAUCUCAAAUUACUCGAUGCAAACGACACGCUCUACAACGAGUAUUUCUGGUGGAAGGAUUAUUACAGUGUGGAGUACAGCGUGGAGGACAUGUCUCGUCACGGAUUUUGUGACUUGUGUCGAAAACUGCACCAGCUGGAUGGAAAUUUUCGGUCGUAUAAGGAACUGGAGUCGGAAUGGGGCGAUGGCAACAAGUGUCAACAGUUGGACUCCAGUUGGUUAUGAUGAAUUAUUUCAAACAAAAAAUAUUACCCAAACAGCAGACAAAAAAAUUCUGAAUGUUAAAAAAAAGAUGCUGUUCUUUUACCUUAAUUUUUCUUUUCUUUAAUGACCUUCCAAUGUGUAUGUGCCCAUAUAAAAAUAAAUCAAAUUUCUACAAGGCAAACAAAACGAGAUUUUCUUCUUUGCAUGAAUAGCUUGACAGAUUUAAAUUGAUUCAAGGGACGAAUGAAAAAAAGAAAAAAAAAAAAAAAGGUAACCUGUCCUGCCUCAUUCUUAUCAAAGGAACGUUUGCGCGGAUUUUUCAACAUUCGAAAUUGAAUUGCAUAUUCAUCGCACGUCCCUCCAUGUCUCUCUAUGGUUAAGUUAUCCUAUCUCACUUCAAUCUCUUUAUCUUUCGCAACUGGAUCCCGAACAACACACCGGUUGGAUUCCUGGUUGCAAUAAGUUGCUGCGAAAAAUGUUCAGGCUACUCAGUCGGCCACAGACUGGAUAACGUUCACACCGUCUUCCACCGCCAUGAAAUUUCAUUUAACAAUUUUCGCGAUUGCCUUCAACAUGGCCAACUCGGCUCCCUACGGACUCAUCCGCAGGCUAGGAGCUGGCUUCGAGUCCAUCGUGGUGUACGCUGUGCCAACAUCACCCGGUGUUAGUGAUCAGAGUUAUUCCUCUUCCAGUAUUGGCCAGAACUAUUAUUCUCCCAGCAGCAGCUCAAGUUAUUACUCUCCCAGUAGCGACCCAAUUUAUUCAUCGGAACCCAGUAGUGGCCAGUGCUGUUCCACUUCCAGUAAUGAUCCAAGCUAUUCUUCUCCCACUAGUGGGUCGGGUUAUUCUUUUCCCAGUAGUGACCCGGGUUAUUAUUCUUUUCCCAGUAGUGGCCCAAGCUAUUCCUCCCCCAGUAGCGACCCGGGUUAUUCCUCCCCCAGUAGCGACCCGUUUGAUAUCCAUGACAAUACAGCGACCUUUUGUCCAAACAAAAUUCAUUCGCCUUCAGAGCGGAAUCAUCGGCAGAGAGAGCGAAUAACAUACCAGCCGGUAGUUCGUGAAACAUUCAGAAGUCGAAACAGCUAUCCUGAUUCAUCCUACGGAAACGAGAAAACCCCGGCGUAUCGAACACCCAGUUAUUCAGUUCGUGAUUCGUUCGAAUCAUCUCAUCGACAGAAAAACUAUGGACGAGACAAUUCCCGAGCUAGUCAGGACCCAAUGUACGGGCAAACCGGUUCGUCGUACGAGGCCUUCACGAUCCAUCAAAAAUCUCCCACGUCCCGGACAGUAAUAGGCUACCGUCUACUACCAUCGAGUUCAAUGCGGGGAGGAUAAAAGCUGAAAAAUGGAUCAUGAUGUACGGGAAAAGAAAUCAAACAGGACCAUGGCGGAUAAUUCGGAUAUUAAUCGUUCUGUUAUAAGUUAUGUCAAAAUGUAAACUAACACAACUCACUAAUCGUACAAAAUGUUUUCAAAUAUCGUUCUCGGAUAGUUCUCUGUUGUUCUCUCCCCCAAUCCCUUACAAAACUGGUUGCUGAUUAUUACAAGAAAGCAGGUAAACAUUUCAAAA